AUGUUAUUUUUUAUACUUAUAAUUCAUUUAAUAAUAAUUCUCAUUAUUCAAAUUUGUCAAGGACUUACACGUCCAUUAGUAAUUGGUCAUCGUGGUUCAGCCUAUUUACCUGAACUUACAUUAGAAUCACAGUCAAUGGCACAUGCUUUAAAAGCUGAUAUGAUUGAAAUUGAUGUUUGUCUUAGUCGAGAUAAUCAAUUAAUUGUCACUCAUGAUCUUUAUUUAAAUGCAAUAAGUAAUGUUGACGAUAUAUUUCCGAAUCGAAAUCGUUCAGAUGGUUAUCAUUAUGUUAUCGAUUUUGAUCUUAAUGAAUUACUUCGUUUAACUAUUCACGAGCGUACUUUACCAUUUAUUAAUAUUCAAGUUUAUCCAUCUCGUUUUCCGGCGUCGUCAGCAGUACCAUUUCAUCUGUCAACACUUAAUGAAACCGUUGAGUUAUUAUUUGGUCUUAGUCAUUCUACAAAUCGGCAAUAUCAAUUACUUAUUGAAAUAAAAAAUCCUGAAUAUCAUACACAAUACAAUAGAUCUAUUUCAUCAAUUCUACUUUCAACAUUAAAUGCUUAUAAUCUAACUGAAUUUGACGAUCCAAUUGUAAUUCAAACAUUUCAUAUAGAAGAAUUAAUUUAUAUUCGCAAGAAUCUGGGAAGUAAAUUACGUUUGAUUGCUUUAUUAACAUGGAAUCGUUUAAAUGAAUCUUCGAGUGAUUAUGAUUUCUAUCGAAGUGAACAAGGCUUACAAAAUCUAUCAACCAUUGUUCAAGGUAUUGCACCAAAUAUGGAAUUAUUGGUUAAUUUUGCCGUAGAUGAAUCAAUUAUUAAUGUAACAAAUUUGACUUUAUUGGCUCAUAAAUAUAAUCUUGCUGUUUAUCCAUGGACAUUUCGGCUGAUGACAAUUAUUUCCAGUGAAUCAAACAUAAAUGAAUCAAGCAUAACAGAAACAAUAAUUGACAUAUAUUCGGAAAAUAUAACUAUUAAAUGGGAAAUUUUUCAUAUAAACAAAUGUGGAAAAAAUAGGACAAUAAAUGUAUCACUAUUCAACUGUGUAUCAAAUGAAAAUUAUCUAAAUUUUACUGAUAUGUCUUGUCUACAAAAUAAAACACUCACUUUCGAUGAAGCAACAUGUUCAGUAACUACAUUUCAAUCAAUACUGUUGACUACUGAAGGAAUAAAAACAACAACAAAAUCAACAACCAGAUCUCCACCAGGACCAUUCGAAUGUGAAAAUAAAAAUUAUAUUGGUAAUAAUUGUAGUAUACCAAAUGAUAUUUGUCAAAUUUUGCAACCAUGUGAGAAUCAAGGAAUUUGUUGUUUCAAUGAAACUCUUUCAUUACCAUAUAUCUGUAAAUGUCCAUUGGGAUAUUCAGGUUAUAAUUGUGAACAUGAUAAUAGAAUAUGUAAAAAUAAUACAUGUUGGCAUGAUGGAGUUUGUGUUGAAAUGAAUGGAACUGUGUCUAUUAAUAAUCAAACAACAUUUAAAUGUAUAUGUGAACAUGGUUAUGAUGGAUCACACUGUGAAUUAAUAAGUGAUAUGUGUAUUAAUAUAACCUGCCAAAAUAAAGGUAUUUGUUUUCCAUCUCAUCUAUCAUGGACAUGUCUUUGUCUUGAUCCUGAACUUUAUUCGGGAAGCUAUUGUGAACACAAAAGUUCAUCAUUAGUAGUAAAACAAGUAUUAAGUAAAUCAUUUGCAUCAAUAGCUAUUGUAGCUAUUAUUGCUGUUUUUUUAUUUGUUAUUAUAAUGGAUAUAUUGAAAUAUGUAUUUAAAAUUGAUCCAGUUGACCGUGAACGACGAUUAAUGGAAUUAGAACAAAAGAAAAAACAUUUAAAUAAAAAUAGAAAAAAGCGACGUAAAAAAAAUCCUAUAAGAUUUUUUUAUAUAUCUUAA